AUGGGAACAGUGCGGUGGCUGGGGGCCCCAGGGCGGCUGCUGCUCAGCCCCUUGCUUGUGGGGCAGCCCCUCUUCAUCCAUAAAAUGUGCCGUGAUCAUGGAGACGUGGGCGUCCCUGAUCCCACCUUGCCUCCCCCAGGGACCCUCGAGCCGCCAGCCAGCCUGGACGCUGCUUUCCCCUGCCCCUGUUUCCUGCUGUUCCGUUCCUCGGGUGCUUCCGAGAUCCGGGACUUGCCUGCAGAAAUCCUGGAAAGGAAAGAGCUACUGCUGAGGUCUCUAAUUUGUCCAACUUGUCCGGUUUCCUCUGGCAGCAUUCUCAAACAGUGCAAAGAUGUGGAGCUCUCCUUCAGUGACGUGACGGGGAAGCCUGAGGCCUUCAAAGGCACCAAGAAAGGAAUGCUGUACCUUACUCCUUAUAGGAUGAUCUUUGUGACGAAGGGCAAGGAUCCCAUGCUGUCUUUCAUGAUGCCAUUUUAUUUGGUGAAAGGAUGCUCUAUUGAGCAGCCCGUUUUCUCUGCCAAUUACAUCAAAGGACAGAUUCAGGCUGAGGCAGGAGGUGGCUGGGAAGGGCAGGGAACAUUUAAACUGACUUUCAACAGUGGAGGAGCCAUCGAGUUUGGACAAUUGAUGUUCAGAGCUGCUUCCAGUGCUUCCAGCGGAGCCCCUCUGCAGAGCCCUGCCUAUGGCUACAUGCCCGUCCCGCCUGCGCCGGGCGGUUACUCGCCCGUGCCGGGGGGCUACGCUCCUGCUCCAGCAAACGGGCCAUAUCCCUACAUGCCACCACCCAUGUAUGCCUACGGACCAGCUCCACAGCCCAUGGGAUAUCCCUAUGCUCAGCCUCCAGGUAUCUACCCACCACUCCCAAACACAAACCCUAUGAAUGUGCCACCUCCUCCCCCGUACGCCGGGCCAUCUCCUGCAGGACCUUCAGCCCCCUCGGCUCCCACAGCCUGGGUGGCCCCAGGGAUGCCAGGUGGCAGUAAGGCCACGGAAGCGACUUCCAGUGCGUAUUACAACCCUGCCAACCCGCACAACGUGUACAUGCCUGCGGAUCAGCCACCUCCUUACACACCUCCUGAGGAUAAAAAGAACAACUAACAGAACCAGCCUCCUACGCUGUUUCCCUGAAGACAAUUUGGCUGUCACUACCCCUUGGGUUAGCAUAUCUCUAGGUCUCUUUAUGUAUAUACAAUGUAUGUAGUUUGGGCUGCUGGGCGCCUGCCCUCCUUAAACAUUCAGUCUGGCAAUACAAGGCA